AUGUCAAUACAAUUGAGGAAUGGUCUAGCUAACCAGACCUUAGAUCAUGUGCUAGAGGAUUUAAUAGUGAGAUUUUUAAUCAAUGUACCAGAAGAAGAUUUAUCAUCAAUUGAAAGAAUAUUCUUUCAAGUGGAAGAAGCUCAUUGGUUUUAUUUGGAUUUUGUACGGCAAUUAAACCCUAAUCUACCAGCAUUGAAAAUGAGGAAUUUUUCUACCAAGAUAUUGGAAAAAUGUCCACUAAUAUGGAAAUGGGGAGAUCCUACCGAUGCGUUAUCAAGAUUUGGGAAAUAUAAAAGUACAAUACCAGUAAGAGGUGUUGCAUUGUUCACAAAAGAUUUAUCAAAAAUAUUAUUGGUGAAAGGCACAGAAUCUAAUACAUGGUCAUUUCCAAGAGGCAAAAUAUCAAAAGAUGAAAGUGAUGUGGCUUGUGCUGUGCGUGAAGUGGAAGAAGAAAUUGGAUUUAAUACUCGAGAUUUAAUUGUAGAAAAUGAUUAUGUUGAAAGAACAAUUAAGGGUAAGAAUUACAAAAUCUUUUUAGUCAAGAAUGUACCUGAAGAUACCAAAUUUGAACCCUUAGCAAGAUUUGAAAUAUCUGAAAUAAAAUGGUUUGACAUUAAAUCACUUCAAAAAAAAAUCAAAUCAAAUCCAAAUAAUUAUUUUAUAGUUGCAACUAUAAUGAAAGCUGUCUUGAAAUGGAUAAGUAAAAACCAAGGAGUGCAAAACGAAGAAGAAUUAAUGCUUCAAGCAGAACUCGGAUUAAAAGAGUUGAUGGGUCUAAACAAACCUGUUGAAAGUGCUGACGCAGGUAGGGAACUAUUAAAUAUAUUACAAAAAGUUGCUCAUAAAGAUGAAGAAAAACCUUCCAAUAUAGUCAAUGUUCCAAUACCUCAAAAUCAAAUGCCUAUUUAUCAUCAACAUCAUCCAUUCUUUGGUUUGACUAUACCGUCAGCAGCGCCUGUACAAAAUCAACAAUUCUAUCAACAACCUGUUGCGCCCAAACCAGAACAACUUAAAAAACCAUCAACAAAUUCAAAAGAGUUAUUGUCAAUAUUAACGACUACCAAAGCCGAGAAGAGAAUAGAUGACAACAAUAUCAAGCAAAAAAAGAAGUCAAUUGAAUCUGAAAAUAUUAGAUCAAGAGCUCAACAAUUGUUGAGUGUAUUCCCAAAGAAAAAGCAAAAACAAGUGGAUGAGGAGGCAAUUGAAAUCAAAACUGUACCUGAAACUACUGUGGAAAGACCAGCUACGUCGCUGCGUCAAAUUCCUUCCAAUGAAAUCGAAGAAUCAAUCAGAUCAUCAUAUCAAAGACAACCGGCCGUUGGUAAGAAAAUCAAAUUACUCAAACGUACAGAUAACAAAGAAGCAGAAGAUGUUUCACAGUUAAAUAAUUCCAAAAGUAAUACUACAAACGAAGAAAUGAACUCCCCACCACUGCUUAAAUCAAAACAAGAUGAACCCAAAAAAAAUGAAGCAGCAUCGGAACAGCUUAUCGGAUUUUUACGUAAGACAGACCUGAAUCAAGAAAGCCCCAAGAAUGGGUUUUUGGGCUUGUUGAAUAAAGAAGAAAAGAACGAGGAACCAGUAGUAUCACCUACAAAAGACUUUUUAAGUUUAUUAAAAAAACCAAUCAAUGAAAGUUCUGGGUCCCAAUCAUCUACAUCUGUGUCUGCCAAUAAACUAUUAAGCAUGUUGAAUAAAAAGCCCUCUGAGAUUACGAACAAGGAAAUUUGGGGUAAAAAAGAUCCUUCACCUGGAUUUACAGCGUCACCAAACAUAUUAGCAAGUGUUGAAAGAUUCAGUGGAAAUGAAGAACCACCAGUCACAACAUCAUUCCCUGAGCUAUGGAUAGAAAAUAAAAAUAAUACAGUUCAAUCAAUCGAAAAAACUCAAUUACAGAAUGAAAAAUUAGAAAAUUUUGAAGACUUUGAAGAUUUUGAGGAUUUUGAUGAUAAUUAUGAAAAUGAUGAAUUUUUGAAUAAAGCAUAUAAAAAUUUUGAUAUAGAGAGUGAUGAUGAAGAUGUUGAUCAUCUUGUUGAUCCAAUUACAUUAGAUCAACACUCGCAACAACAAUCACAUCAACCAUUACAACAACAAACACAGACACAGACACAUAUCCAAUCACAAUCACAACCACAACCGUCACAACCACAACCAUCACAACCACAAAUACUGCCACAACUACAAGCAAGCAAACCCUUAGGAAUAUUUAAUCAACCGCAUCAACAUCAGUCUGAGCAAAAAUCAUUCGGCUUAUUUCCUCAAAGUAAUGACCAAGGUAAAGGAUUAUUGGCAUUAUUAAAUCGUGGAAAUUCAUCCACUUAA